AUGGCGAGCGGAACGAGCGCGGAUGAUGGACGAAUCGAGCCGGUCUUUUCCGCGUGGAGCGGGGAUAAUGGGGCCCCGCGUGUUCCUCUGCGCCGUGACUCUUUCGCUUCUUCCGCUUAUUCCGCGCGUGGGCGCAGUGCCUAUGAGCGCAAGCACAAUCGACACUCUACUGAUCAUCAAGUCAUCGCUGGGCGUCACUCUCACCACGUGGGCAGCGGGCAACACGGGCUGCACCGUCACAAGCCAGACACAACAAGCAGGGGACUGGACGGGCAUGAUCUGCUCAACCACGGGGGAAGUGCGCCAGAUCGACCUGGAGAAUCAGAAGCUGACAGGAAGCAUCCCAAAAGAAAUCUCCAAGCUCACUGCGCUCAAUCACAU